UUUAGAUACGCUAGACAUCAUCCUUUCGCGGCAUGCUACCAUAGAAAAAAGUGAAGUUAACUUUCCCUUCAAGGCAUCGACCAUCGACAUCGAUACCGAGGAGCAUUCUCUCAUUGAACCGCCAAAAUGGUUCUCGAACAGUACACAUACGUUUUUGUCAUCGGCACACUGUUUGCCAUGCUCGAUGCCAUCUUAAUAGACGAUGUUGCAAAUGCCUGGGCCACCAGUGUUUCGUCCCGAUCAAUCACUUACAGACAAGCCAUGGUAUUCGGCACCAUAUUCGAAAUGCUCGGAGCUAUCACGGUCGGCGCUCGUACCGCCGAGACAAUCAAGAACGGCAUCAUCCCCAACGACUCCUUCGGUGACAACGCCGGUGUUCAGAUGAUGGCCUUCACCUGCGCUCUCAUCGCCGCCUCUUCAUGGGUGAUGUGGUGUACACGACACUCCGCCCACGUCUCCUCCACCUACUCUCUCAUCUCCGCCGUCGCUGGUGUCGGUGUUGCGACCGUCGGCGCCUCCAAGGUCCAGUGGGGCUGGAACGGUGGUAAGGGUCUCGGUGCCAUCUUCGCAGGUCUCGGCAUGGCGCCCUGCAUCGCUGGUGGAUUCGGCGCCGCCAUCUUCAUGCUUAUCAAGCUCGUCGUGCAUGUCCGCAAGAACCCCGUCCGCUGGGCUGUCUACACUUCGCCGUUCUUCUUCCUCAUCGCCGGCACCGUCUGCACCCUGUCCAUCGUCUACAAGGGCUCCCCGAACCUAGGAUUGAACAAGAAGCCCGGCUGGUACGUCGCCGCUGUUACCAUGGGCUGUGGUGGUGGUAUCGCGAUCCUGUCCGCUCUCUUCUUCGUCCCCUUCGUACACGCCAAGGUCAUCCGCAAAGACCACUCCGUCAAGUGGUACAUGUUCCUCCAGGGCCCUCUCCUCUUCAAGCGCCCCGCCGUCGCAGUCUCCGAACGCGCCGCCGUCCCCAACUACGCCGUCAUCCAGGAAGACGAGGACCAGGCCUCCUCCACCCGCUCCCCCGAAUCCAUCUCCGACAGCCACACGCAGACCGGCGACCACGAGAAGAACCUCGUCGCCGUCGAGGCCAAGCAGGAGACCUACAAGGAGAUCAUGGCGCACGGCGAGAGCAAGCUCCACGCAAAACUCCUCGAGAGCCGCGGGCCGAUGGGCUGGGCGAUGCGCACGCUGCGCGACAACCCGAUGGGGCCCGGCGAGAUCUACGAGACGAGCAACAUGAAGAUCCUGUGCAAGCGCAUCCCGGCGACCAUCGUGUGCGGCGCGCUCUACGGCUUCCACUACGACAUCCACGCGGCGCAGAGCGGGCUGGCGGGCACCCCCGAGGGCAAGCGCAUGCAGCGCGUGUACGCGCACGCCGAGAAGUACCCCAACGAGGUCGAGCACACGUACUCCUUCAUCCAGAUCCUGACGGCCUGCACCGCGUCCUUCGCCCACGGCGCCAACGACAUCGGCAACUCGGUCGGCCCCUGGGCCGUCAUCUACUCCGCCUGGUCCACCGGCAGCGUCGCCGCCUCCAAGGCCACCGUCCCCGUCUGGCAGCUCGCGGUCCUGUCCGCCAUGAUCUCGAUCGGCCUCAUCACGUACGGAUACAACAUCAUGAAGGUCAUGGGCAACAAGAUCACCUACCACUCCCCCAGCCGAGGCUCGUCCAUGGAGAUGGGCGCCGCUAUCACGGUGCUCGUGUUCUCGCAGUACUCGCUCCCCGUCUCGACUUCCAUGUGCAUCACGGGCGCUACCGUGGGCGUCGGUCUUUGCAACGGCACCCUCAAGGCGGUCAACUUCCAGCGAGUUGGGCUUCUGCUGCUCUCGUGGAUCGCAACGAUCCCGAUUGCGGGUACCCUGGGUGGUGUGCUCAUGGGCCUGUUCCUCAAUGCGCCUCACUUUUAGACGUUUUGUUGAUCAAGGGAUGGGAUUGCAUGAGAUGAUGUGAUGUGAUGUACUAAAAAGAAUUUGCUUUUUUUUUCUUUUUUUUUUUUUUCUCGAUUUCGAUACCAAAGAGUUAGAAUAAAGGGUGCAUGUGUGCUUUCGGGACAUGCAGAGAGGCACCUUGGGGGUAUACUAGGUACCUUGUAUGUGUGUAAUGGAAUGGUUGGAUGGAACGCAUGGAAGGAAGGAUGCAUGGAAUUAUAAAGGAGUAUUUGGCGAUCAUAAAGAAAUGGCAUACAACAUUUUUUUUUUCUACAAUUUACAAGAGUUUACUUGCAUUCUUGACUUUG